AUGGACGCCGAACGCCCCAACCUAUCUACUACCCUACCCAGGAACUUCAUGUUCCAUUACCGUGACGGCCCGGCUCCACAGACUCCCGAGCCAGAGCCGCAACCCGAGCAGAUGCAACCGCCGCCGCCGCCCCGACAGGUGCUCAAGGUGCGUCGCCGCCGUGCCACCCUCGUCAUGAACAACGACGACAUGGACGCCGUCAUGGACCAGCGACCCAUCCCCACAAUUGAGGCUCCCGAAGUCAUGUCGGAAACCUCCAACCUGCUACCACCCUACUCACUACCUCAAAACGACGCAUUCUUGUCUCCAGGGUUCAGCUUCCCUCGUAUGCUUUCCCCACCCAAGACUCCCGCUGCCCAAGUGCGAACAAUCAGCCACUACGAGGGAACUCAGGACUGGUCCGACGUCCCACAUGUCAGCCAGAGUGAAACCUCUAGCAGACCCACCUCAUCGUCAGGCUUCUCAGACUCAUCCGUCUCGUCCUGCGAUAGCAUUGGCUCCUUCAUGUCCAGAGGCGGCAGCUGCACGAGCCCCGAAGAUGAAUCAUCAGACCCUUUCGCGUUCUACCCACCCACAAACAAAGCCCAACGACCAAGCUCACCUUCGAUGGGUACCCAACAAUCUCGCUCUGCCACCAAGCUGAAGUUGCGAGCCACCUUCAGCGAGGAGAUGGAUCACCACUUGUGGAUGACUUACAUGAAGUACCUUCAAGACCCUACGGUGACACCCUUCAAAGCCCUUCCGAGCACUACACCACCAAAUGGAGUCUGCCAUCGUGUGGCGAGGAUGGCUCGCAAGACAUGGAAGGGCCCGAAGUCUUCUCGCGCUGGUGCCCUCAAUGCGACCCCACAACACGGCUUCCUUGCCGGUACACCGGGUACCAUGAGGCCGAUCAGGAGCGGUAGUAACACACCUGUAGCUAGGCCAACCAGGUCCACCAUGCGCUACCCCAGUGAGAAGCAAUGUCGGAAGCGCUUACGAGACUUGGCUAAACAGAAGCCAUCGCUCUCUGCACACUAUCAGCGUAUGCUUCGUCGGUCGCCCUCGCCGCUGCAAUCGUCUCCUCCACCUGAGCCCGAGCCACAACCGCGUCAACAACAACCACAGCAGCAGCCGCUGUCUUCGCCAUUCUCUCAAGGCUCCACGUCCUUUUCCACAAGGGACAUGAACUUGUCGCUGGCUACAAGCACUGCUGCGUCGAUGCAGUUGGGCAACCCACUGUCGCAACUUGCCAAAGAUAUCACACCACGACCGGCACCGCGAACAUGGUCAAGCGCGCGUUCUUCUGCUCACCAGAAGUCACAAUCGCUUCACAUCGGCCUCGGACUAGGCAACCUGCUAGGCUCACCAUUCCGCGCCAGGAAUGAGUCAAGCAACAGCAACACAAACCAGAGCAAUGCCCGAACAUGGCAUGCACCGUCGUCUGCUGGUCACACCCCACGUCUGGGCUCACCCUUCCAACUGCAUGCGCCGCGACCCAAGUCAAGAGUCUUCAAGCGUCGGGCGCUCCCAUCCCACAACAGCUUCGAAGAUAGGGCGCGAAACCGUGGAGACAGCUUCGUCAACGAGAUCUUCGGAGCCCCAGCUGAAUCGAGUCAUCGUCGCGUAAGGAGCCGUGGCUUCAGCUUGGGUGAUAUGAUGGAAGGCGCCCGACGACUGCCUUUGAUCAACGACCCGUUAGGGUUGAACCCUUUCGCACAAAGCGGUUCUGCUAUGCCUAGCCCGGCACCAACAUCCCCUGCCGUGCCAAUGGAAGCCCAGAACAAAGGCACCGUCCGCCUGGGUUCGCCAUUCGUUGGUCGAUCGAGCAAUACUUUCCCUCGAGCGAAUGUAUCUCAUAGCUUCGAGCCUCCAGCUUCGUUCGAGGAGCGUUUUGCCGGAACACCUAGCGACUCAGCAUACCUGUACCGAUCCUAG